UCUCUCGACUUCCGGUGCAUGCGCUAGCGUUAGCUGAAGAUGCGCUACAUCAUUACUUAGUCAGCCCAGAAUCAGAGCCAGCUGACUGAGCAAGGACUGAGAAACUGAUGAGGACUUACUAAUGGAAAUGGAUAAUAAUGGCCUACAGACCUCUUGCUGUGAUACAAGAUGGUCACAGCAACUGUCAGGCCUUCCUCACAAGCUCCUGCAGCGCCUGAUGCCUUUCCAAAGAGAAGGAGUGGAGUUUGCCUUAUCGAGGAAUGGACGAUGUAUGAUUGCUGAUGAGAUGGGUCUUGGGAAGACGGUGCAGGCCAUCGCGGUGGCGUACGCCUUCAGGCAGGAGUGGCCCCUCCUGGUGGUGGUGCCCUCGUUUCUGAAAUAUCCCUGGAUCGAAGAGCUGGAGAGGUGGAUCCCCGAGCUGCAGCCUGGGGACAUCAACCUGGUGGAGAACAAGAGCCACACCAUGGGCAUCAGCAGCAGCAAGGUGACGGUGCUGGGCUACGGCCUGCUCACUACAGAUGCACGCCACCUGGUGGAGGCUCUGAGCAGGCAGCGGUUUGCGGUGGUCGUGGUGGACGAGUCGCAUUACCUCAAAUCCAGGAAUGCGGCCCGGACGAAGAUUCUGGUGCCUCUCAUUCAGAGCGCCAAGCGGGCCAUCCUACUCACCGGCACCCCGGCCCUGGGUCGGCCUGAAGAGCUUUUCAUGCAGAUUGAUGCCGUUUACCCCAAGAGGUUCGGCACCUGGACUGACUAUGCCAAGAAAUACUGCAACGCCCAUUACAGGUACUUUGGGCCUCGCAGGCAGUGGGACUGUCGCGGGGCAUCCAACCUGGGGGAGCUGCACCAGCGGCUGGGCCAGAUCAUGAUCCGUCGUCUCAAGGCUGAGGUGCUCAGUCAGCUGCCGCCCAAAAUCCACCAGCGCAUCCCCUUCGACCUGCCCAAGGAGGCUGCAAAGGAGGCCUCAGCCAGCUUCGCCGAGUGGGAGCGACUGAUGAAGGGGCUGAGGUCAGGGGUCGUCACCACGGACAGCCCCUUCACUCAGGUCAUGGGCCUGGUCACACAGAUGUACAAGCAAACAGCUAUCGCCAAGGCAGGAGCUGUGAAGGACUACAUUAAGAUGAUGCUGGAGGCAGAGCAGCUGAAGUUCCUGGUGUUCGCCCACCACCUCACCAUGCUGCAGGCCUGCACCGAGGCCGUCAUCGAGGCCAAGGCUGGCUAUAUCCGUAUCGAUGGCAGUGUCCCAGCCUCAGAACGAAUCCAGCUGGUCAACAAGUUCCAGAGUGACCCGGAGAUACGAGUGGCCGUCCUAAGCAUCCAGGCAGCCGGUCAGGGUUUGACCUUCACCGCCGCCACCCAUGUGGUGUUUGCCGAGCUCUACUGGAACCCCGGCCACAUCAAGCAGGCUGAAGAUCGAGCCCACCGCAUCGGGCAGACGUCCUCAGUCAACGUGCACUACCUCAUUGCCAAGGGCACCUUUGACACUGCCAUGUGGUCCAUGCUCAAUAGAAAGGAAAAUGUGACCGGCAGCACCCUGAAUGGCAGGAAGGAAUAUCUGAAGGCCGACGAGGGCGACAAGGACAAGUGGGAGUUCCUCAACUUUGCGGACGCGUGGACGCCGAAUGAGAUGGUGCUGCCGCUGGAGGGAAACACAGGAGAUGUCAAAGACGACAUGUUCUUCAGUCAUUUUGAGAAAGAAAAGCAGCACAGCAUUCGCUCCUUCUUCUCCCCGAGUGCCAGCAAGGAGAAGAAGAGGAAGAGAACAGAAGAUCAAGAGACGUCUUCCAUCUCUUCAGAUACGACUGCAGCACCAACUGGCAGCGGCACAAACUCCGAGAAGAGGGAGGAGAAGAAAGAAAUGUCCUGCUCCCUGUCCCCCGCCUUGCCCGACCAGGACUUCUCCCCCCAGCUGAAGAGGCUCCGGAUGCCACAACCCAGCCUGAGCCCAAAGUCCCGAUUUGGGGCGAGGCGGAGGUCGACGGCUGCGGGGAUCGACUCCGGCAGCCCCGGCGCCCCGGUGUCUUUCAUGGCCCCGCGGAAGCUGUCGCAACCCGACUCUCCCACUGAGUCCUGGAGCUGCGGGUCCUGCACCUACUCCAACAGCAGCCUGUUGCCUUACUGCGAGAUGUGCGAGUUCCCACGCUCGUCCUCUGCUGCUGGGUCAGAGCCACCCAGGCCUCGGCAGCCCCCCUCACCCGAGCGGGACCGGGCAUGCGUCGUCCUCUCCAGCACCGACAGCGAGCCAGAGCUCAGCCGGGGAAAAGCCCGGCCUCCGAAAACGCGCGAAGACAAACAGAGCGAGGAGGAGGAGGAGGAGGAUGAGCCUCCGAAAGACAAACAGAAACUAGGAGAAGCAGAGGAGGAGGAGGACAAGCGGCAGCUCAAAGGCAAACAAUCAGCGGGAGAGCGAGGCGACAACGUCGCUGGCGGUGGCGACCGCCUCCCCCCUGACCACACACAGGACCGGAGAGCAGCGGCGUGCCUGUCUUCUGCUGCUGAUGCUAAUGACGACGAUGAGGGCAACGGUGGAGAUGACGCCAGCACCGCCCAUCCCGUCUACCCGGGCCUGCAGUUCUGCGCCAGCCAGUACACGGACCGAAUAUAUCUUUAUUCCAAGGACGGUGCUCCGUUGAACUUGAGCUUCAUCCCUCUGGACAUCAAACUAACCAACUGGGACGACCUGCCCGAAGCCUUCAGCCAGCGCCGGGAAAAUCGAAUACAGGUGCUGAGGUUCGUUCAGGAGUGGAGCAGCCUGGCAGCCAUGAAGCAGAAACUGCUUCGACGCAGCAGCCUCCUCUUCCACAGCCCCAGUCUUGGCUUGCAGCAGCUGGCCGCCGCCCAGCGCCCUCACUCGAGCACCAAGAGGUACCUCAGUAAAGACGAGGUGGCUCAGGCCUCCCUGAGCAAGGCCCAGCAGGAGGGAGGCAGCAUCCGACUGGUCACCAAGGAAAACUUCUUCGUGAAGAGGAGGUCUGCCGCCUCACUAGCACCACCCGUUUCAGAGAGGCAGGACAAGGAUUCCUGUAGGACAGCGGAGGAGCAGCCGUCAUCAGAGUCCGGUUACCUGCAGGCAGUGGACAGUGACGGGGUCCCUCUGUGUCUGUCCUGCCAGCAGGCCUGUCCUACCACUGGUGGGGCCUGGGACACUCGAUUCUGCAGCCACAAGUGUCAGGAGGAGUUCCAGUUGCGCACCAGCCAAACGUACAUGCGCUCGCGGGUGCUUGAGGCGGAGCAGGGCAUCUGUCAGCACUGCGGCCUCCACGCCCACGACCUGUUCCUGAAAGUGCGCGCCGCCCCGCCCUCCCAGCGCAAGGAGAUGCUGGAGAACACAUGGCUCGCCCAGCUGUCACUCAAACAGCUGAAUGAGAUGAUCCGCGCUCCGGUCGAAGGGGAUUUCUGGCAGGUCGACCACAUCCGGCCGGUCUACAGCGGAGGAGGACAGUGCACUCUGGACAACCUGCAGACGCUCUGCACCGUCUGCCACAGGGCCAGGACGGCUCAGCAAGCCAAAGAACGGAGCCAGAUGAGGAAGAGCGCUGCAGCCUCCAAGGUUGCGUCAGACAUCAGGAGGUUCUUCAUCAGGAAAUGAAAUGGAGGUUUAGUAGUGGAUGUAUGGGUGUAAAAUUUCCUGAAAUCAAAUUGAACCCUCGCUGGUGUGAUUUCUGAAAUGCAUCAUGAUUUUUAAGUAACAAAACUCACAUUAAAGUCAAUCAAAUCAGAAAUGCCUUUCACUCUGAUCGAUUAGGAUAAAAAGCUGGAUUUCCUUUGAAAUCCCUACUUUUCUUCUCCUUCACUUUGCGACGAUAGCGGUGUCCUGCUGGUUGUAGCUGUGGAGAAUUGCUUAAAAAACAGUGACGACUGCGUCAAAUGCAAAUUCAGCCAACUCCCCUCUCGUCCCCGAACCGUCACAAGUGCGGUAGUUGUGAUUUAUGACGGCCCCUUUUUUGCUCGAGGCUGAAAUGGAGCAGGUUGUUUAGAGAGAUGCUGCUAUUUUAAGAUUUUGCAAACUUGGUGGAAAGUAGCAGGUGAGGGAUGAAUCAGGGGCUUUGUGAUUAAAACUCCACGGCAGAAAACAUGCGUGUCCUCAUUGGCGCCCUCAACAAGUGGCGCCUCUUUCUUUUUGGAAGAUAGAUGAAUGCUUCUCGUCAAAUAAAAACCUAUUUUCAUCUAUUUCAUGUUGUCUUCU